AUGACAUCAUUUUGGCUUUUACUGGCAACGAUUGUUUUGGGAUUAUUAAUAUAUCUUAUUUAUUCGUCGACUUCGAAAGAACCAGCAAAAAUUGGUGGCGAAGAAAUACCAUCUUCGAUUCUGUAUGCAAUCGCUGUUUUUGUUACAAUGCCACUAUUCGUAUUUGCUCAUAUUGGGUAUAUCGUAUACUGCGCAGCUGGAAUAAGUAUGAUUAUUGUUGGUACACAUGCCAGCUUUUUUGGGCCAACAUCAAAUGUGAAAGAGAUUGAAGCACAACCACGGAAUAUGGCAUCAAUCGCUAUUAUAGUAACGGAAGACACAAAUUCUGAACCAAGCAUGAAAGAAGAAACCAGCGCAAUAAAUCAUGUGCGAUUUGAAGAUUACCACUGA